AGUUCUCUUAUCUUUACAGAUCUAUUAAGGUAUUCAUUAAUUGUAGGCAGUGCAGUGAAUAAAGUCAUAGUUAUGAUAAAAUUCCAUUUCCUGGCAACCACUGUUUUCAAAAUGGCAGGUGCAACUGAAAUUAGUCCAGCGGAAAUAUUUCUUAGAAAUAUCCCAGACCUUAGUGAGAAUAUUGGAAAAUCAUUCAAUUUUGAUCGGCUGUUGGACAGGUUGCACAGUGAUGGGCUAUUGUCAGAAUCUUUCGUCAGUGAUGUGACUAGUAGACCAUCCAGUGAGUAUCAGAAAGGGAGCUCUGUAGUAAGGGAACUUUAUAGACAGUUAAAGUCUCGUUUGACAGCUGAUCCUAAGCAAUUCCUUCUUCGUAUUUGUAAUGCUCUUCUUAAACAUGAGGAUCAAACACUUAAAGGGCUGGGAAGAAGCAUGAAAAGAGAAUUAACUGGUGACGAAACAAACACGAUAGAAAAAGAAGAAACAAGUAAAGAAAUAAAGAAAUCUAACAAAGAUGAACUGGAUUACAGAGAUCUAGAUGUAUUAAUGGAGACAAUGACAAGGAUUCAUUUCCCAACGCACAAGUGGAGUCUCUUAGGAUUACAGCUGGGCCUUUACAAGCACACACUUGAUGAUAUUGAAGCUAACUGUCGGGGAAAGACAGCUGAAUGUUUGACUGAAUGUUUGUCACUGUGGGUGAACAAGAGAGAUAAAGUUACUGAGAAAGGUGGACCCAUUUGGUCCUCGCUGAAGACUGCAAUUGAAAAAAUUGGGGAAAGCUCUUGUGCCGAAAAAAUUGAUAUUUCUCCGUCUUCUUAAUACUACAGAGGUUAAUAAUAAUUAAUUUUUAUAAAUAUUAAUUACUAGACUAAAUAAAUUUUUCUACUAAUGUUUGCAUGUUUCACUUUUGUUCUCACUUAUGUCUCAUGAAUGCUUUGCUUUUAAAAUCAA